AUGUCCUCAACUGAUCUACUUAGUAGUACACUUAGUUGGCCAGGAAAAGGUUUAUAUGGACUCAAAAGUAGUGUUCUUCAAACAACUGAAAAUAAUCUUGUCAAACAAGGCAUUGUUUCAGAUCAUAUGAGACAUCAUUAUCGACGAUUACAUAAUGCACGAUCUGCGGUCGAUUCUAAACCACCGAAAGCUCUGAUAUUAGGUCAAAAAUGUCGAGAUCGAGCUCGCAAAGAAAUGGUACAAAUGGCAUAUACACAAAAUAUACUUGAUCAAU